AUGGCGCCAUCCAAAGGGAAACGAGGCCGUCUCACGUCCCGUGCUGCCUCUGACGCGCCCCCCACGCCGCCACCGGCGCUACCAAGUGCUAAAUCAGACGCAGAUGAAACGUCUAAUGCCUGGCCACGUGCUCAGGAACUUUUCCGCAUGCUCAACGACGCAAACGCGCCCGCGCUGGGCGUCCAUAUUGACGGCUGCGUAGCACUCUGGAACCCGCGAAUGGAAGACAUGACGGGGUUCAAAGCGAACCGUGUGAUUGGACAACCUUUUGUUGACUUUGUUUACGGUAUACAGCACAAAGAGGACGUCAUAACGAUCAUUGAGGCUUGUAUUGAAGCUAAAAGAUCGGAACUGGAGCUACGGAUUCCAUUGCGGAAUACAAAGGGACGAAAUGCUCAAGUACUGAUUAAUAUGACGCCGUUAUUAGCUGCGGACGGUUCAUGUGUCGGUGUCUAUGGUGUCGGUCAAGAUGUGACAGAGUGGGCGAGCCAGGAGAAACAGUACGCGACAGUGAUGAUGCAGGCGAAUGCACCAAUCAUUGAGCUGGAUAAAGAAGGAAAUAUUACAGUCUGGAAUUCCAAGACGGCGUCUAUGACGGGGUACACCAGUGUUGAUAUGGUGGGCGAACCGCUGCUGCCUGUAGUAGACGAGAGUUUCCGCAAGAUUGUGUCGGAGAAGAUCAAUCAGGCAUUGACCGGUAUUCCCGGAGCAGAUUUUGAACUGCCUCUCGUGACGGCAAGAGGAUCGAGAGUGGAGAUUGUACUGUGCUUGACGCCGAGGUUUGACACUGUAGGAUCAGUCAUGGGGGUGGUUGCUAUCGGACAAGAUGUGACGGAGAGGAACACAAAAGAGAUGGAGUACAGAAAGCUUAUUGAGACGGCUAAUGCGCCAAUUUUCGGCGUCGAUACGGAAGGACGAGUUGUGAUUUUCAAUGCCAAGGCGGCACAAAUUAGUGAAUACGAACCUAAUGAAGUGAUGGGUGUGGAUCUAGUUGAUACGCUCAUUUCGGCAGAAUUUCGGCCUGCCGUUGCUGCUGUGUUUCAGAGUGCAUUUCAGGGAACGGAGACGGCGAACUUUGAGUUCCCGUUGGUCACCAAGACUGGCCGAAAAGUGGAGAUUUUGCUGAAUGCGACACCUCGAUAUGAUCACACAGGUAAACUGGUGGGCGUCGUGGGGAUCGGACAGGACAUCACGGAUCGUAUCAUUCAGGAAAAGGAGUACAGUCGAUUGAUUGACACUGCAAACGCUCCAAUAUUCGGUGUGGAUUCGAACUAUAAGGUGAUCAUUUGGAACAAGAAGGCAGCAGCCAUUACAGAGUACACCAAUGAAGACACCAUCGGCCAGGAUUUGUUCAAGUUUAUCUCUGAAGACUACCGGGAUGCCGUUGCGGAGGUGUUUUUAAAAGCACUAGAGGGCGCUGGUACAGCAAACUUUGAUUUCCCACUGAUCACGAAAAGCGGGCGCCGACUUGAAAUUUUGCUUAAUGCAACACCGAAGUACGACCACUUUGGCAAUAUUUGCGGAGCUGUUGGAAUUGGCCAGGACAUCACAGACAGACGCGCUCAAGAACAAGAGUACACACGUCUCAUUGACACUGCGAAUGCUCCCAUUUUUGGCGUGGAUGCGAAUGGUUGCGUAAAUAUCUGGAACCGUAAAGCUGCUGACACAACACAGUACUUCAGUGAAGAGGUACUUGGGGCGAACUUGGUAGAAAACUUUAUUCCAGAGGAUUUUAGGAAGGCAGUGUGGACAGUGUUAUCUCAAGCACUGGAAGGACAAGAAACAGCAAAUUUCGAGUUUCCGUUGAUCACGAAGGAUGGCCGUCGCGUGGAGGUUUUGCUGAACGCCACACCACGCUACAAUGAAAAAGGUGUCGUAAUUGGUGUCGUCGGUAUUGGACAAGACAUCACCAUUCGAAUGGCCCAGGAGAAGGAAACAAAUCGUUUGAUUCAUGCGGCAAACGCUCCAAUUUUUGGUGUUGAUCGGGACGGCCUAGUGAAUAUUUGGAAUCUUAAAGCAGCAGAAAUAACUCAGUAUUCUGCCGAGGAAGUCAUGGGAAAAGACCUAGUCAACCGCUUUGUUGCAGAAGAAUAUCGAGCUACAGUUGAGACGGAGCUCCAUAGGGCCCUUAACGGGGAGCAGACAAGCAACUUUGAUUUCCCUCUUAUUACCAAGACGGGGAGGCGAGUGGAGAUUUUGCUUAAUGCAACCCCAAGAUAUGAUGAGCUUGGACAAAUCUUUGGCGUUGUCGGCAUUGGUCAAGAUAUUACUGAGCGGAUUGCGCAGGAGCAGGAACUUAUUCGUUUGAUUGAUACUGCCAAUGCUCCGAUCUUUGGAGUUGACUCGGAAGGAUGUGUGAACAUUUGGAACAAAAAGGCUGCUGAGAUUAUGCAGUAUCCAGCCGAUGCCGUCAUGGGUGAACACCUUGUAGAAAAGUUUAUUACGAAAGACUAUCAAGAGGCUGUAAGCUAUGUGCUAUCUGAAGCUCUGAACGGUGUCGAAACUGCGAAUUUCGAAUUUCCGUUGAUCACGAAAGCGGGUCGAAGAGUCGAGAUUCUUCUGAAUGCUACGCCACGGUACAAUGAACACGGAACUGUCAUUGGCAUGGUUGGUAUCGGACAAGAUAUUACGGACCGCAUUGCUCAGGAGCAAGAAUACAUGAGACUGAUUGAUACUGCCAACGCACCGAUUUUUGGGGUGGACUCUGACGGUCAUGUAAAUAUAUGGAACCGAAAAGCAGCGAAUAUCAUGCAAUAUACGAACGAGGACGUGCUGGGCAAAGAUCUUGUCGCUGAGUUCAUUUCAGAAGAAUACAAGGUUCCUGUUCGCUGUGUACUAGAGAAAGCAUUUCAAGGUGAAGAGACGGCUAACUUUGAGUUCCCGCUGAUUACCAAAUCUGGCCGACGAGUGGAAAUCUUGCUAAAUGCUACCCCACGCUACAAUGAGCAAGGCGAGGUGAUGGGUAUGGUCGGAAUUGGCCAAGAUAUUACGGACCGGAUUGCUCAAGAGAAAGAAUAUAUGCGCCUUAUCGACACAGCUAAUGCUCCCAUUUUUGGCGUCAAUUCUAAUGGUCUAGUAAAUAUCUGGAAUCGAAAAGCUGCUGAUAUUAUGCAGUACACUACUGAAGAUGUACUCGGCAAGGACCUCGUUGCAGAGUUCAUUUCCAAAGAGUACCAGGUGCCUGUUCGCAGCGUCUUAGAGAAAGCGUUCGAAGGAGUGGAGACGGCUAACUUUGAGUUCCCGUUGAUUACGAAAGCAGGCCGACGAGUGGAAAUUUUACUGAACGCCACUCCACGCUACAAUGAACAGGGCGAGGUGAUGGGCAUGGUGGGUAUUGGGCAAGACAUUACUGACCGCAUUGCCCAAGAGCAAGAGUAUAGCCGCUUGAUCGACACGGCCAAUGCUCCGAUUUUUGGUAUUGAUGCAAACAUGUGCGUAAAUAUUCUGAACAAGAAGGCCGCGCAAAUUACUAACUAUGCCGUAGAAGAAGUAAUGGGGAAGAAAUAUGUUGAAACGUUCAUCGCUCCCGAGUAUCAAGCUAUCGUCUAUGACAUUAUGUCGAAAGCAUUGCAAGGAGACGAAACGGCAAGUUUUGAGGUACCAGUGAUUACAAAGACGGGCCGAAAACUAAACAUUCUGUUGAACGCCACAGCUCGUUUUGAUCAGCAUGGAGACAUUGUUGGUGUAGUGGGUAUUGGCCAGGAUAUUACUGACCGAAUUGCGCAGGAGGAGGAGUAUGCGAGAUUGAUUGACUCUGCUAACGCCCCAAUCUUUGGCGUCGAUGCUCAUGGCCUCGUUAAUAUCUGGAACAAGAAAGCGGCUGAAAUCACGCAGUACACACCAAAUGAUGUGAUGGGCGAAAAUCUGGUGAGUAAAUUCAUUACGGAGGAUUACCGCGAAGCGGUGGGCCUUGUGUUGUCGAAGGCGUUGGAAGGCGUCGAGACGGCGAAUUUCGAGUUUCCGUUGAUGACGAAGUCUGGUCGUAGAGUGGAGAUCCUGUUGAACGCUACGCCGAGGAACGACGAACAUGGAGAAGUGAUUGGUAUGGUUGGUAUUGGACAGGAUAUUACCGACCGCAUUGCCCAGGAGAAGGAAUAUAUGCGUCUUAUCGAUACGGCUAAUGCUCCAAUUUUCGGCGUGGACUCAAAUGGUCUAGUGAACAUUUGGAACCGAAAGGCUGCUGAUAUUAUGCAGUACACAACUGAAGACGUACUAGGCGAGGACCUCGUGGCGAAGUUUAUCUCUAAAGAGUAUCGAGUAGCCGUUCGAUGUGUUCUGGAGAAAGCAUUUGAAGGUGUAGAGACCGCCAACUUCGAGUUCCCGCUAAUUACGAAGGCGGGCCGACGAGUAGAAAUUCUGCUUAAUGCUACGCCUCGUUACAACGAACAGGGUGAAGUGAUGGGUAUGGUUGGCAUUGGCCAGGAUAUUACUGAUCGUAUUGCGCAGGAACAAGAGUAUAGCCGACUCAUCGAUGCAGCGAAUGCCCCGAUUUUUGGUAUUGACGCCAACAUGUGCGUAAAUAUCCUGAACAACAAGGCGGCGCAGAUUACGAAUUAUGCAGUCGAGGACGUUCUAGGGGAAAAAUACGUAGAAACAUUCAUUGCCCCUGAAUAUCGUGCAAUUGUGUAUGAUAUCAUGUCAAAUGCAUUACAGGGAAAUGAAACCGCGAGUUUUGAAGUGCCAGUGAUCACAAAGACUGGUCGAAAAUUAAACAUAUUACUAAAUGCAACCGCCCGCUUUGACCAACACGGACGCAUUGUUGGCGUUGUCGGUAUUGGUCAGGAUAUUACUGACCGAAUUGCUCAAGAGCAGGAGUACGCUAGGCUUAUCGACUCAGCCAACGCCCCAAUUUUUGGUGUUGACGGUAAUGGCCUUGUGAACAUCUGGAACAAGAAAGCCGCAGAAAUCACGCAGUACACACCUAGUGCUGUGAUGGGUGAGAAUUUGGUGGAGAAGUUCAUCACGGAAGACUACCGUGAGGCGGUUGGCCUCGUUCUAUCGAAGGCCCUUGAAGGUGUUGAAACUGCUAACUUCGAGUUCCCAUUGAUGACAAAGGCAGGACGGCGUGUGGAAAUUCUAUUGAACGCUACUUCGCGGUUUAAUGAACACGGAGAAGUGAUUGGUAUGGUUGGAAUUGGCCAGGAUAUUACAGAUCGCAUUGCGCAGGAGCACGAGUAUAGUCGACUCAUCGAUACGGCCAAUGCUCCAAUCUUUGGUGUAGACUCAAACGGACGCGUAAAUAUAUGGAAUCGAAAGGCUGCUGAUAUCAUGCAGUAUACAAACGAAGAUGUUUUGGGCAAAGACCUAGUUGCCGAAUUUAUAUCGAAUGAAUACAAGGUGCCUGUGAGGAGCGUGCUUGAAAAGGCGUUCGAAGGUGUGGAGACGGCGAAUUUUGAGUUCCCAUUGAUCACGAAGGCCGGUCGUCGUGUGGAGAUUUUACUGAAUGCUACUCCGCGCUACAAUGAGCACGGCGAAGUGAAGGGUAUGGUUGGUAUUGGCCAGGACAUCACAGAGCGCAUCGCUCAAGAGCAGGAGUACAGUCGUUUGAUCGAUACGGCCAAUGCCCCAAUCUUUGGUGUGGAUGCCAACAUGUGUGUCAAUAUUUGGAAUCGCAAAGCAGCACAAAUUACGAAUUACGCAAUCGAGGAAGUUAUGGGUGAGAAUCUUGUAGAAACGUUUAUUUCUCCCGAGUUCAGACCUAUUGUUGCUGAGGUGUUAUCGCAGGCACUGAGAGGUCUAGAAACGGCGAACUUCGAGUUUCCGUUAAUUACGCGUCCAGGCACACGAAUUGAGAUUCUACUAAACGCAACACCAAGGUAUGAUUCUAAUGGCAGCAUUGUUGGCGUUGUCGGUAUCGGUCAAGAUAUCACGGAUCGCAUCGCCCAAGAGCACGAGUACUUUCGACUGAUUGACACUGCAAACGCUCCGAUCUUUGGUAUUGAUACAAAUGGUUGCAUUAACGAGUGGAACCAGAAGAUCGAAGAGAUUACAGGCUACCACAAAUCAAGCGUACUGGGGCUUUCGCUAGUUCACACAUUUAUUACCCCGGAAAGUCGACAACAAGUUCGCCAACUGCUAAAUCAAGCGCUGAUCGGUAUUGAUGUCGGUGAGAUGGAACUUCCGAUGACGACGAAGCGUGGCGUGUUUCUGCUGCUUCUUGUGAAUGCGUCAAGCAAAAAAGACAUGCAUGGAAAUAUUCGUGGUGUGAUAGGUGUUGGACAAGAUUACACGGCGAGGAAGCAUAUGGAGGCAGCUAAGGUGAACUUUUUGGCUUCUUUCAGUCACGAGCUGCGAACACCGUUGAAUGGUGUAUUGGGAAUGCUAGAGCUUUUGAAAGAACAAUCAUUGGACAAAGCACCUGAGCGGUAUGUACACAUGGCAUAUGUGUCGGGAUCGCUUCUUUUGAACCUGAUCAACGAUAUCUUGGACUUGUCAAAAAUUGAGGCAGGGCAUUUGGAAAUCUCUGCUGCACCAUUCCAGAUGCACGAACUUCUGGACUAUUCAAUCGAGAUUUUUAAGUUUAAGGCUCGAGAACGCGGGCUUAAACUUGAUCUAAAGUAUGACGACAAUGUACCUAAAGUUGCUAUUGGUGACGUUGUGCGUCUGCGUCAAGUCUUGUUGAAUCUGCUAUCAAAUGCGAUCAAGUUCACGAAUGAAGGCUCGAUUACCGUCACGUGCAGUGUUGUAUACACUCCUGAGCUUCCUAAAGCGUUUAAAAAGCUUCUUUUCCAAGUCAUUGAUACAGGAAUUGGCAUGGAUGCAGAGGAAAAGAUGCGUCUUUUUUCACUGUUUACGAAACUGGAACGUACACGUCAGAACAACCCUACGGGAUCUGGAUUAGGUCUUGCUAUCUGCAAGCAGCUGGCGGAGCUGAUGGACGGCCAAAUCGGCGUUGAUAGUGAGCUUGACGUUGGCAGCAACUUCUAUUUUACCGUGGUGGUUCGCUUGCUCGAUGAUACCGAUGCUAAGGGGUUGUUCUACGCAGCGAAUGAUUUGCUAACGGAUGCAUCUGGCGAUGUAUCUCCCAAUAUGGACACACCAAAUGUGAACUCGAGUGAUAGCGCAGCUGCUGGGAGUGCUGCAAACAAUGCGAAGGCUAUCAUUCCGAGGCAGGCAAGAAUAUUGGUUGCGGAAGAUAAUGAGUUCAAUUGGGAGGUAGUAAAGUGUUUCCUCCGAGAAGCGGAUCAUUUACUACAGUGGGAAGUGAACGGCCGGGAUGCGGUGAAAGCUUACAAAUGGAACCAUGCCAAGUUUGACUUGAUCUUUAUGGACUGUGAGAUGCCAGUAAUGGAUGGCUACACCGCUACGAAAACGAUCCGUCAGUUUGAACAAGAACAUGACCUACCGCGCAUUCCUAUCCUCGGACUGACUGCCUACGCCAUGAGUGGAGACCGGCAGAAAUGUUUGACCGCCGGUAUGGACGAGUUUAUGGUAAAACCUAUCUCGAAGAACAGUUUGCUGAAAGCAAUCCGGCAAUGGAUGCGUGUUCGCUACCUUAAACCUCAAUCUUCCAUUACUUCGGUUGCCGACCCGAAUGAUCGCACUCGCGCUUGUUCUGAAUCUGCAAGUGCAACUAAUGCUGUAUCAGGAUCAGUCUCUUCACCAGCGGCAUUGAGAGACCGCGGAGGAGACGAGCUGGACGUCGCUCUGGCGUCAUACCCGACGACGUCACCGACCCCUCGCCAGUCGUUUGAUAGCGAUGGAGAAGAUACCGACCUCUUCAACGCACCACCGAAUUCAAAUUCUAGACUGGCACCUGCUUCUCGUCAUAUGCAACAACUUGAUCUAGCGCGCGCGAUCUCGAAUUUGGAGCUAGAUGAUCCAAUGGCUAUAAGACGUCAGGUUGGUCCUACCGUGCGCACUGCGGUGCCUACGACGUCAAUUUUUAGCUUGGGCUCGUCGAUUGGAAACAGUACACGUUCUAGUGGUCUUAUUGGUCUUCAGCGUGAUACUGGCGGGGCUAUCGUUGAUAUUCCGGAUUGGAAGCAAAUUAACAAGACGUCCGCGACCUUGCCGAACAUGAAGGAUAUACCACUGGAUGACGAGGAAAUUUUGGACCAUUUGUCCUCUCAUAGCAAUCCAACACUAUGGAGUCACCCACCUUUCAUAGGAAGCAAAAAGGAACAGGCGUCACCAUCUGCGUCUUCUCAGCAGCCUUUAUCGCCAAGUGGUGCUUCGGAUGGCAAGAGCUCUCGUAGUAGAGCGGUGGGUGAAGGAGGUCGAAACGGAAAUGCUCCCUCGAGCUUGCAGCGGUUUGACUCCGACAAGAGCUUAAACGAGCUCACGUCAGGAGAUCCGAUUGCAGCUAUGCUAGAGCGUCUGAAUAUCAGUAGUCCAGCCGCUAGAAGUGGCAGUAGAGGCCCACCUAGCGUCGACCACGCAAUAAGUGGAACCACAGAGAGCGUCACGGCGCGUGUGACGAUAGAUCCGACCAACAUUGUCAUUCCUGAGGGUGACCCAGUCGACUAUUCGCUGGGGGUGGAGCAAUGUGGCGGUCAUGAAGAGCUCUUUUUGAGUCUGCUAGAGAAGUUCACCGUGAGCUGUGAUACGAUCAUGUCGCGUAUUGUAGCAGCUUAUGACCAAGACGAUAUUGCGGUUACUCGGCGAGAAUCUCAUUCACUAAAGGGCUCUUCAGCGUAUGUUGCUGCAAUGCGUGUUUCGAAGGCGGCAUUCCGCGUUCAAACUGCCUGUGAGAAACUACAGCAGCGUCAAUCUGAAGCUGGCACACAUCAGCAGCAAAUGGCUCUUGUUGAUGCGACCGCCGUGCUCUCAUUGAAGGAAUCACUGAAUGAUGCGAUCACGUUACUCAAGAAAGAGCACAGACAUUUGCGUGGAUAUCUCAGUCGCAACUUUGAAUUUCGAAGUAGCGGAAGCCCUCCUUCUGUUGCUGUCUUACGUUCCCAGAACUCAACGCAUGACCGUGCUAAUAAUGGACCCUGUCGGAUCAUGUAA